AUGUCUUUGGAAGAUUUAAUAAAGCUUGAUAAAGUCUCCUUGAAGAAGUUGACGGAUGGUGAAGGCCCAUGCGACGAAUGUAUUUGUCACAUCUUGACCACACCUCGGGACAAAUGCAUGACGGCAAUGAUGAAGAGAUGUGUAGCUUGUAUACUUUGUAGGAGGCGCAAAAAGGACAAGAAAUCUAAGGGCGGCAAGAAAGCCGCGGGCAUGUCCAGUAAGGCCGGCGUCGGAAGCAAGAAAUCCUUGAAAGGAGUCAUUGAAAGCUUGGCCACACUUAAAGUUAGUGACGUCACUUCUAUGAUAAAAUCGAUAAGGCUGCCACAAAGGAAAUGUGGUCACAUUUAA